AUGAAGCUAACAUUGAAAGGGGUUGCCUGGAUGACACCCAAAACACCGAUUCAAGUCAUCAACGACUGGCCUGGCAGCGGAGACCGUGGAGAGCGAAAGGUCCCGACAACUCUCAUCUACAACGCCGAUGGUAGCCUCUCAUCGUGGGGUUUUAUGUGUGCAGAUGAUGAUGAAACUUUACCAGGAAAAAUUCGACGAGAGUUCUUCAAGAUCUUUCUCGAUCAAGAUACUUUGGCUGCAGCACAGAAGCAAGGCCUUGAGCACUCUCCGCGAAGUACUUUGGACGCACAGCAAUACAUCACCGACUAUUUACGUCAGAUAUACGGACACAUCAAAGAGACUAUAGAAACCCAGUGCGGGCGACGUCAUUUUGGUGGUUGGGCGAGCAUGACGGUCACUUUCUUAUUCAGCGCCCCCACCACCUGGACGAGAAUGGGAGUCAUCAACGCUUUCAAGGAUGCAAUCAGCAAUGCCGGAUUUGGUGUCGAAGGACCUAAUCAUGCGGCGCAAGUUGAUUUGACAGAGGCAGAGGCAGCUGCAGUUGUAACUCUCAAGACAAGCCCUGUAGAGUUCCAACUGGGAAGCCUCUUUCUUACGGUUGACGCAGGCGGGGGCACCACCGACCUCGCGUUAAUGCAAAUCACAUCCACUGAUGGUAAUUUCCCGCAAAUGUCGCAAAUGGCAGCUGUGAGGGGGGUCGGAAUCGGUGCAUCACUCAUCGAUAGGGCCUUCGUUCGACUGGUGGCCCAAAGGCUAGCUACUUGCCAGGAUGCCCAGGACAGACUGCCUAUCGAUUGCGCGAAUAGAAUGGCGAGGAGUCACCAUUUUCGAACGGUGAAACACAAGUUUGGGGAGAGGGCCUACAUACAACCUGUGUACAAGAUUCAGAUGGAGGGUGUUUCUCAUGACUUCAGUCAUCAUGGGUUACGCGUUGAAAAUGGAAGGAUGGCAUUCACCAAAGAAGAGAUUACGUCACUUUUCGAGUUGCAGAUUGAAGGCAUAAUGAGGAGAAUCAGAGAACAGCUGGAUUGGCUAGGCGACAAUGAUCAGCCACAGCAAGUCAAUUACAUGGUCCUAUCUGGUGGCCUUGGUAGCUCAGCAUACGUUCGUGACAGGCUCCAGCAACAAUUCACUAGCUACCCGCACCGGAAUGCAAACCAGAUUGCAGUCAUUCCUUGCCAGGACCCUCAACUUGUGGUUGUGCGCGGUCUACUUCUUGAUCACCAACAGAAGAUGGAGUCUGGCAAUCUGCCAGUACUAGCUACGCGAAUAGCCCGAGCAAGUUACGGAAUCAUUGUCCAGGAAAUAUAUUCGCCCGCCAAGCAUUUCAACGAAGAUAUCGUCAACGACUUGUUCGAACAGAAGCAAAAAUGGGCCAUCAACCAAAUAGAAUGGCUCAUUCAGAAAGGAGACGUCAUCAACCCAAGCAAGCCAUUGGUGAAGUCUUUCGAUAUUCGACUGAAAGCGACGGAGACAACGAGGUCUUGGGACGCCAGAAUUGUGGUUUCUCACAAUGAAGUCUCAUUUCUGCCCAGCAGCAUGAAGCAUGCUGGAGCAUUGAAGCUUUGCGAGGUCAGAAGCAACCUCACGGGCGUGCAACAGGAGCAACUUGUACUCAAACAGAAGCGAGACCUGCGAUUCGAGCUCUGGUUUGCAGGUCAGAAGUUUUCGGGAAAUCACGACCCCAUCGCGGUGACAUGGGAGAACUAG